AUGCCAGCCAAACGUCCCCUGAAAGACCAGGCCGCCCCUUCACCUCCAGACACCACCGCCGGCAAGCGGAGCAGGAUGGCUUCCGCAAUUCGAGUUGUUCGACAUGCCAUGCAAGUCGGGUAUCGCGGUUGGCUUGUGUUUAUGCACCUUACUGUUGCGCUGCGAGCCAUUGUGGUGCGAGUAAUCUUUGCUGGACUGUCGCUUGCACUCAUUUGCUUAGUGGUUUAUAUCAAGAAGGAACCAUUCUACUGGAUGCUUGGUGUAUUUCUGGUUCCUCUACUUUGGGAGCUCUUCAUGGCCGCUCGGGCAUUCGUGGAUCCGCAUAGCUAUUCAAGGCGUUUGGAGAAGUGGUGA